ACCGGCACAGAUGAUCAGUGCAUGCAGGCCACCCCAGACUGUUUUAUAAUGUCUACCCUAUUCACAACUCAGAAACCACACUGAAAGCAACCAACAUCAAACACUUUCUCACAACCGCAUCACUAGUCCUCUGUGUUGAUUUUCCACAACCAUCAUCAUCAUCAUCAUGGGUGUUGUUACUCACGAAUACGACACCCCUGCCGAUGUGCCUCCUACUAGGCUUUUCAAAGCCAUGACACUAGAUUUCCAUAAUCUCUUUCCAAAGAUUGUGGAUAGCAUCCACGGUGUUGUAUUCAUAGAAGGAAGUGGUGGUCCUGGAACCAUCAAGAAGAUGACCAUCAUAGAAGGUGACAAAACAAAGUAUGUGCUGCACAGAGUUGAUGCAAUUGAUGAGGCAGCCUAUGUAUAUAACUUCAGCAUAAUCGGGGGCACUGCCUUGGCUGACACAUUGGAGAAGGUUUCAUUUGAAAGCAAAUUGGUGGAAGGCUCAAAUGGAGGAUCCAUUAGGAAGGUACAUGUCCAAUUUUUCACCAAAGGCAAUGCUACAUUUAGUGAAGAGGAGGUGAAAGCUAACCAAGCCAAGGUCGAAGGGCUUGUAAAGCUUGUUGAAGGGUACCUUUUGGCAAAUCCUGAUUACUGAAGGUCUUUCUUGUUAGUAAUUAAGAGCUUGGCUAUGGUGCAAAGUAAUAAGCUAGCCUUGAUGGAUCUGCAAGCUCAGCACCAAGGCUUUCUUCUUCUAUGAUAUCUUUUAUUUAUUUUUGUUCUUUAUUAAAACAUGGGCAAUUAAUCAUAGAUUAAUAAUUUAAUAGUUUUUUUUUUAA